GGCUACAAAAGGAAUUAUGGAAGAUAAUAAGAGCCAGGGACUCUCUCGUGCUGAGACUGAUGUAGAUGCACUGCUGAAGUGCAUUAAGCAGCAACUAAACAACAGUCUUCCUGUAAAGAAUGCUUUGCUCUCUAUUGUUUCGAUGUGUCAGGAAAACAGCAAUGCAAGUGUUUAUUUUCAUGAUAUUGGUGUUUUGAAGAUGGUACGUGACCUUGCAAGGUUAGAGGUGCCCAGCAAAUUUAAAGAAGUCACCCUGUAUACAUUAGGAACUCUGGCCAAUUCUAAUGUCGUCUGUCAGCAAAGUCUCUGUACUCCCGAAUUGUUUAAUGAAAUGCUGACGCUCAUAGUUGACAAGCAGUCCAGCAUGGAUUUGCAAACAGUCUCUAUCACCGUUCUGUUGGGCCUGGUUACAAAGAACAGUACUGGACAAAUGCUUUUGAGAGAAACAGGCUGUAUUGCUGUUAUGCAAAAGUUAUUCAGGGAAAAUUUCACAAAAUCUGAAAUUGAUUCCUCGAAUGAAAGCUUUAAGGAAAAAUAUCCCCUGUGGUAUGCAGUGUGCAAUACUCUGAGUGCAGCUGUCAACAAUCCUAAAAAUGAGGAAAAUCAGAAAAUUUGCUGUUCCAUUUUGCCGCAUGUACAGACCUUGUUCGAGGCACGUAUGAAGCCUGAGAUCAUUCAUCCUAUUUGCCUGUUUAUUGGACACCUAGUGCAUGGAAACCCGUCGGUUCAGGAAUUCUUCAUAUCUAUUGAUGGAUUGGAUGUUUUGACUAAAGUUCUUACCAAGUUGGUCGGAGAUUCACGUCGGCAUCUUUCUAGUGCUAAGAUGGCCAUAGCGGUGACAAGUGCCAUGGGUAACUGCAUUGCCCAAAAUCCUCCUGGUAGUACAGUUCUUGCGAAGCAUCAUGUUGUGCCCAAACUUUUGAAUUUGUUGUUUCUGGAGAAUCUAGAUUCUCAAGAGAAAGCCAGUGUUCUGGUUACCCUUGGACAUUGUGUACAGACAUGUGAUCAAAAUCUGUAUCUCCUGUUCCAAAACUAUGGCAUCCAACGUAUUCAAGACUCCUUCUCUGAAUCUCAUAGUGAAAUUGUAAGCACCAUUACUUCUUGUGUCCAGAUCAGGCGUAAUAUGUGGGAACAACCUGAAAAUCGCUAAAGAAGAUGCAGAAGAAAAAGUAGUCUCCAUUUUGACUCGAGAAAAAAACCUGGAAAACCGUGGGAAUUGAACUUCAUGGUCUUACCGAGGAAGACUACAGUACACCUGGCCUAUAAAUACUACAAGCUAGAUAAAUUGAAUGAUAUAUAAAUCCUGAAAGAGGUUUUGUGUCUGUGUGUGUCUGUGUGUAGAAAGUUUUAAAAAAGAUAACCGUUCUUCGUUUUAAGUUGUGUUCUGCUGAUCCCGGUUAGUUUCACUGUGAUAUUCAAAUAGGGGGCAGUGAUAUUGUUUCCUAAAGGAGUCUGUGGUAGAAUGAGUUCUGGAGACCUUUGUUUCCCUUGUUGAAGAAGCAGGCCAAAAAGGAAGAAACACACAGGUGUUGACUGCUUUUAACUGUUGGUUUUAGAAUUUGCCUUUUGUUUUUUCUAAACUAAAGGAUAAAGAAGGGUGGGGUCAUUAAAUGUUUCAAUACAUUUUUUGAUGCUUUAUUUGAAUUUGCUUGUUAAAAAAUGUUCCUAGUGAAUGAAAUCAUUUGUGGAGUGUUAAAAAUAUCCUUUUUCCCAAGUCAGUAAGAGCAUAACUUACUACCAGGGAGUGAGUUAUGUACCGGGGAGAACGUAGCCCUUUGUUCCCUCGCAGUUGUGUCAUCUCUAGCCUGAUACACGGAAGAGAAUGUAAGACACCUUUGAUCAAUAAGUGAAAUUUUGUUGGUAAC